GCUAGUACUGAUGCAGGCACUGCAGGAGCUCUGACUCCACAGCACGUUCGGGCUCACUCCUCUCCAGCAUCCCUGCAGCUGGGAGCCGUUUCUCCUGGGACUCUCACCCUUACUGUGGUGUCUGGUCCUGCAGCCACCCCUGCAGCACAGCAUCUCCGACAGUCUUCCUUUGAGAUCCCUGAUGAUGUACCCCUGCCUGCAGGCUGGGAGAUGGCCAAGACAUCGUCUGGUCAGAGAUACUUCUUAAAUCACAUCGAUCAGACAACAACAUGGCAGGACCCCAGGAAGGCCAUGCUCUCCCAACUGAAUGUCCCUACGCCUGCCAGCACAGCAGUGCCUCAGACCCUGAUGAACUCCGCCUCAGGACCUCUUCCUGAUGGAUGGGAGCAAGCCAUGACGCAGGAUGGAGAUGUGUACUACAUAAACCAUAAGAACAAGACUACGUCCUGGCUGGACCCAAGGCUCGACCCUCGUUUUGCUAUGAACCAGAGAAUCACUCAGAGCGCUCCAGUGAAGCAGCCGCCACCCUUGGCUCCCCAGAGCCCACAGGGAGGUGUCCUGGGUGGUGGCAACUCCAGCCAGCAGCAGCAGAUGCAACUGCAGCAGCUCCAGAUGGAGAAGGAGAGACUGCGGUUGAAACAGCAAGAAUUACUGCGGCAGGUGAGGCCACAGGCAAUACGGAAUAUCAAUCCCAGCACAGCAAAUGCUCCAAAAUGUCAGGAAUUAGCUCUCCGAAGCCAGUUGCCCACACUGGAGCAGGACGGAGGAACUCAGAAUGCUGUGUCUUCCCCCGGGAUGUCUCAGGAAUUGAGGACAAUGACAACCAAUAGUUCAGAUCCCUUUCUUAACAGUGGCACCUAUCACUCUAGAGAUGAGAGCACGGACAGUGGCCUCAGCAUGAGUAGCUACAGUGUCCCUCGGACCCCGGAUGACUUCCUGAACAGUGUUGAUGAAAUGGAUACAGGUGACACUAUCAACCAAAGCACCCUGCCUUCACAGCAGAGCCGUUUCCCAGAUUACCUUGAAGCCAUCCCUGGGACAAAUGUGGACCUUGGAACCCUGGAAGGAGAUGCGAUGAACAUAGAAGGAGAGGAGCUGAUGCCCAGCCUGCAGGAAGCACUGAGUUCCGACAUCCUUAAUGACAUGGAGUCUGUGUUGGCUGCCACCAAGCUAGAUAAAGAAAGCUUUCUCACAUGGUUAUAGAGUUGCCAGGAAGCCACUCUCUGAGUCUGAAGGAUCCACGGAGCCUAAGAUGUGCACCCCUGAAAUUCAGAUAAGCCAGUGGUUGAGUAUUUGGCUAUUACAGGAAACAGAUGAACAAAUGUCCAGCAGGGAUCUUCCAUCCACUGUUCUGCUCUUUUUCGACAUCGCUGCUGUUAACGUUGCUGACCUGUUCACAUCCUGCCCUAAAGAAUCAGAACCACACAAAACAAAAACCCCCUUCGUGUUCUUUUGCUCUAGUAACUACUAUUCUCUGGGGUUGCUGGGGAAUAUCCUGUUUGGGUGAUGGAUGUUCUUCCUUUUGCCCAGUGGUCUUCACCCAUCAUUUUAACUGAACACUCAGACUGAGAACUGAAAUGCUUCAUGUCAGAGCAUGUGUUCAAGAGGUAGUUUCCUCCGUUGCCCUUGGCCCUCUGGUCCAGCAAGCCAAAAACAUGGCAUCUGAUCUUAAGUAGUCAGUGCCAUCGGGAGAUCUCAAAGACUGGUGAACUUUUUAUUUCUUCUCCUGGUGAUGCCAUUAGUCACAUGGUAACCUGGAUUUUAUUUUAGAAGCUUAUAAGGCAUGAGACAGUUUCCAUAGAAAUAUAUUAAUUAUUGCCACAUACUCUAGGCUAGGUUUGAGUGGGUAUUUUUGUGGGAGCUGGUUGGUCUCCCUCCC